UGUUUUGUAGAGCCCAAAAUCACAAAUUACAAAUGUGCCUCAACCGGCUGCACGGUCUGUACACAUGCAACAUCCCCUGUUCCAAAAACCAUGAAUAACCAUAUCCAUUAGUUAGCCAAGAGCAUUAUUAAUGCAUGAUGCACUUCCAAUUUGGAAUUUUAAAAAAGACAGGUGCAUAAAUUGCGUCUCAGGGAGCUCCGACAUGCAGCAUCAGUCUUUUGUGCUGUGCUAAAAGCUGUGAAGCAGGAACUCAGCAGGUGUCCCCCUCCUUCAUGUUAAAGAGGUGCGGUAGGCUUGAAUUCAAAUUGACUACAAUGUCUAAUAAUGUCUAAUAAUCCCAAAAAGUAAUUCAAGGGAGAUUUUUUUUUUAAUAUACCAUCUUCAAGCUGUGCUCCAAAAUACAAUCUCUCUUUUUUUCAACUGGCAGUGCUUUUCACACGCGCUAAGCCAAAAUCCACCUUCAACAUUGUGCUUCACGGUGAGAAAAGAUGCCCCCAAAACCAGUGAGGCGCGCGAGGAGAGGCGCGGCGUGGCGCAAGCGGAGCGCUCCACGGAUGUCACGCACGACGUUGGGAGUUCCCUCGCUUCACGGUGAAAACGCCCCUCCAUUCUCCCACUAGCCGCUUCCCGCAACCGCAAGCGUCCCCGCCGCCGGCCGCAGCGUGUCCGCUGUCCCAGCCCGCAGAGGGGACACCUCCCGAGGCAAGAGGAAAGGCGUCCGGGGCGGUGGCGGCGUUGCUGUCUUCCAGUUUUUCUUUUUUUUUUUCUUCUGCGAUCCCCAAUGAUCAGAUUCUGGCCUGAGAAGCUUGAAGCUUGACCGCCGGAGCCGACAGCACCUGACAGGACAGGACUGCAAUCAUUCUCCAUGACAACAGAGGCGGCUUUGCCCGGGGAACUGAAGAGCCCGAUGGAAGGUGACGCCAUAAGAACCUAUCAGGUUCCAGAAGACCAGGGGGACAUGGAUGAUAGCUCAGAGAAGACCCCCAGCAAAGCCUCCAAAUCCCCUCAGAAAAGCACCAAACGGCCCAAGACCGUCCCGGUAAAAGUCACUCUGCUUGACGGAUCAGACUACGAGGCUGGAGUUGAGAAAUUUGCCAGGGGCCAGACCCUGCUGGACAUGGUGUGUGGCCAUCUGAACCUGCUGGAGAGGGACUACUUUGGUCUGACUUUCCAGGACACGGAUACUGCCAAGCACUGGUUGGAUCCCUCAAAAGAGAUUAAGAAGCAAAUUCGGGUUGGUUCCUGGAUCUUUGGAUUUUCUGUCAAGUUCUACCCCCCAGACCCGUCUGUGCUCAUCGAAGACAUCACCAGGUACUACCUGUGCUUGCAGCUGAGGGACGACAUCCUCUCUGGUCGUCUGCCCUGCUCAUUUGUCACCCACGCCCUUCUGGGCUCCUAUACUGUCCAGGCCGAGCUGGGGGACUACGAGACGGAGGACCAUGGCCCGGACUACGUCAGCGACUUCCGCUUUGCACCCAACCAGACACACGAGCUGGAGGAGAGAGUUAUGGAGUUGCACCGGAACUACAGGGGAAUGAGUCCAGCAGAGGCAGAGGUGAACUUCCUUGAAAAUGCCAAGAAGCUCUCAAUGUACGGAGUUGACCUUCAUCACGCUAAGGAUUCAGAAGGAAUCGAUAUAAUGCUCGGAGUGAGCGCCAACGGUCUGCUCAUCUACCGAGACCGUCUCAGGAUCAACCGAUUCGCAUGGCCCAAAAUCCUCAAGAUCUCUUACAAGAGGAGCAACUUCUACAUCAAGAUCCGCCCAGGAGAGUACGAACAGUUUGAGAGCACCAUAGGCUUCAAACUGCCAAACCAUCGGGCCUCGAAGCGAUUGUGGAAGGUCUGCAUUGAGCACCACACCUUCUUCAGGUUGGUUUCCCCCGAGCCGCCUCCCAAGGGCUUCCUGGUGAUUGGCUCCAAGUUCCGCUACAGCGGGAGGACACAAGCCCAGACCAGACAGGCCAGCGCUCUGAUUGACCGACCUGCCCCACAGUUUGACCGGUCUGUUAGCAAGAGAUACUUGCUGCCCCGAAGCAUUGAUGGAGCCUCGGCUCUGGGCUACAGUAUGGAGCAGCUGUCCCACCGGAGCUCCAGUGAACGCACUCAAUUCAUGUCCAGGGAAGACCUGGACCAGGAGGGCAGCCUCGACCUGGACCACGAUCAGUACCAAGACCAGGACCAGUACCCAGAGCUGGACCUGGAGCAGCAUGAUGGUCAGAACCGGGAUCAGGUUCAGAGGCAAACUUGGGGGGCCCACGUUUCAACGGCCACCAAGACUUUGGAGCUCAAGAGUGAGGAGGAAGGCUCGCCUAUAGACUCAAAGCCAGAGGAUAUGGCCACCCAUCGGCCCAAACAGGAGCAAUUUUUGGAUAAGCCAGACGAUGUUAUUCAAAAGCACCAGGCCAGCAUCAACGAGCUGAAGAGGGCUUUGAGACAGCCCAACAGCAAGAUGGCCCAGAGGGAGAAACGCCUCUCCUCAGCUACUCCGCCUGGAGGAACCCCCGAGCGCAAACCAGCGACCGGUGAUGGCAAAUUGAUUGACAAGCAGGAUGCUUAUGAAGGAGAAGUGAAUGCUUACCCAAAAGUGGAAAAGAGUGAGCCCUCUUCUUUGGGUAGAGACAUGUUGACUGUGACACCUUGGACUGAAGCGAAGAUAAACAACUGUCAGACUGCCAGGGACUCUUUAAAAAGUUCUCCUGGAACGUCACCGAAACAAGAGACCGACUUUAGAGCCAAAGGAAUAAUACAUCCGAAAAAAGGGGGUGACACCGUAGCACCGAAUGGGAAUCACGAUUCUAUAUUAGCAAAGAAUGCCAUUCAAGAAAAUGGAUAUGGGUCUGCACAUGACAAACGGGGGAGGGAACCCAUCAACAGCAACAUGAAGCAUUGUCAAUACGAGCGCAACAUCCAUCAAGAGACAGCGAAGAACUUUGAGACUCCGGGGGCUGUGGAUUGUCUCCCAAAAGGCAACCAAGGCGACAGUGAGAGUGAGGCAAGCCGGUGUGGGACAGCCCCGAGGCCCCGAGAAUGCAAUAAAACCAGGAACUCGCAUCCAGAAGUCCCCAAAAUGGUUCCUCUCAAGCCGCAGAGAUCAAAGAAGUAUUUGAAUAACGAGAACGCAGGUGUUGUAAGCAAUCAAAGUCGGUCUGAUGGUGCAGCUGGCGAUGUGCAGACGACAAAAUCAAAAGACGGCUCCUGCGAGGAGGGAAGGAGAGGGGACGAUAAGGCCGCACUGCACUCGGCCGCAGAUGAAAAAACAGCGGCCCCCAAAAACCCGAGUGAAGCCGCCAUGUCUUAUCAGCAUCAAACUCUACUCAAUCUACAGAUCAAGAGUGAGCUGUUUGGACAACAGGAGCUCCGAGACUCGAGAGGGACGACGGGGCAAGACGCUUGGACAAGAGGAGGCCACGAGGAGCAUUUUCAAAACAAAGAGAAUUUCCUCUCCGGCUCCAAAUUUCCAACCGCUCCUCCGCGAACUCUCCCUCUGAAAAUGCAAUGGCCCCGAGACAGACAGAGUAACGUGGACAGCAGCCACAUCCACUACAGGACGCCCGGCCAAGAAACAGCCAAGUGGAAGCAAGCGGAUACACCUCCCACACCUGCUAUUCAUGAAGAACCUUUCAACGAAGCUUUAAGGGAACCGUGGGAGAGACGUCUUGGCUCCGUCUCAGAGGAUGACCAGGACCACGAGAUCCUGUACCUGAAGGAGACCCACCUGGGCAUCGAGCGCAAAUGUUCCAGCAUCACCGUCAGCUCUACGUCCAGCUUGGAGGCCGAAGUAGAUUUCACCGUCCUCACGGACCUACACUCGGGCAUGGAGGAGUUCUCCAGAGGCAUGACGGAGCUUGGGGAGAGGGAUGUGUCUCCUGAUGUGGGUCUGUGCUUCAGCAUGGACUUUCUCCAGCAGCAGGGCCCGUCUGAACCAUCUCCUCCGCCGGCGUCCGCCCCCUUGUCCAGAGGAGCCAGCAGCAGCCCGCCAGCCAAACUCAUCCAGGCUGAAGGAGUCCGACCAGAGGUCAAACGACCCGACGCGCAGCCUGUAGUACCUAAAAAACCAAAGAGGUCGGUGCCGGUGUCGGCGUCAGUGGACAGAGAGUCGCUCCGAGAGGCCGCCCCCCGCGUCCCCGGUCUCACGCCGCUGAGCAGGGAGGCCAGCGACGUCACGCCGGCGGUGAGGAAGACAGACGUCAGGACAGAGACUCAGCCCAACGGAUCAGAGGUCACCACAACCAUCGUGGAGUUCACGGAUCAGGAUCCCAGCAUCGCUGGCCUGAGCGAAGUUUCCUACUCGUCCAGACAGAGUGUGUCCCCUGUGCAUAUGAGCGGUCUUGGAAGAGAGGCGUCACGGUCGCCCAUCCUGGUCACUGAAAACGUUACCUCGGCAACCACUCACGUCACCAAGACGGUGAAAGGAGGAUAUUCAGAGACCAGGAUUGAGAAGAGGAUCAUAAUCACAGGAGACGACGAUGUAGACCAGGAACAGGCUCUGGCUAUUGCGAUACAGGAAGCCAAGCAGCAGCAUCCAGACAUGCAGGUGACGAAGGCAGUGGUUGUCAGGGAAACGGAAUCGUCCACUGAGGAUCGACACGGCGUAUCAGAGUCCUGAUUUCUUGGGAUGAGAGCACCCUCGUCUGGACUGAAAGUGUCAGUGCCCAACCUGAAUUUGCUACAUGCCACCCCUACCCAUGGACUCCUACCAGUGGUGCUCAAAUGGAGACCCUUGCACACAUUCACAAACAAACAAACAAACAAACAAACAAACAAACGUUUUAUUGCCAUCCAAGCAUUUCACUAUUUGAAAUCAUACAUUUGCGAUUUGGCGGAAAAACAAAAAACAAAAUCCUUGAUUGGUCAACAAUAUGCCAUCAGACCUCCAAACGUCUUGGACAAUUAAACAGAUUGGAUUUGAAUACAACUCAUUCUUCUGCACGGCCUCACGAACACUGUGGAAUAAUACAAGACCUUGUGCAGAUCUGGUACCUAAUCUCAUGAAGAAAGUAUUAUUUGGAAAUAGAAAAAAAAUGGUCAUGCACUUAUGAGUGUCAUUUACAUGUCCGUGCUGCUGUACUGAAUAAGAAAAAAGAAUAUAAGAUUCCUGUUGUGAUUGCUGAAAAAAAAGACACGCUGAUAAAAAAAAAAACUACUGUGUGUGUGUAAUUACUCUUGAUGAGACAAAAUAAUCCAUUACAUGUAGCUCCGGUACUGUUAAAACACCCAUAGAAGCAGGGUUCAGUGAGAGCAGAGCAAAUCUUGCUUUUAGUUUUCGCUCCUGCAAAGUCACUGUAAAGAAUUCGCUUUGUCCAACCCUGGUCACACUGAUGAGGACGCACAGAGUGGAACGUGGAGCCAACGCGGCCCCUCGGUGGUGUUUACCUGUGCGUUAUGGACCAAACCCACAGCAAGUCUGAUCACUAUACUUCCUUCUGCCUGUGUCCCCUUAAACGUCUGUAGAAUGUAUUUGAUGGUCAUGUGUGAGUUGCCGCAUAAUGAUGGACGUUGAUUGGACUUUUUGAGAGUUUUUUCAUUAAGUGUCUGGACUUUAGAAGCUGUUAUUACGCACAGUGUACCAGUUGUAUUUAUUCAAAUGAUGACGAUGUAGUUUCUGAGCAUGCUGAUGUUUCAGAAUGAGCCCACUUUCUCUCCUUUCUCUCCAGCUUAGAGAUAUGCUUUCAGAGUAAAGCUGGAUAUAAUACCACUUUGGCCAUAUUGUGUAGUAAGUACAUACAUUGUUUUACUAAUGCAGCGAUCCGUUCUGUUCACAGAGCGGGUUGCUGCCUCAGUGAAACUAGAAUCUGAGGUAAUGUUUGCAUGAUGUUUUUUUUGCCUUGUUGGAUUGUAAUUGAGAGACAUGGAUAUCAACUCAUAGGAAAGAUGGAUCAUGAUGAUCAAGAAAUGAAAGGCCGAAAUCUUCAAAUCUGUGAAUCUGAUUUUCCAAGUUAACAAAAGGAAAUUAAGCCUCCUGAAAUGAAAUAUAAAGUAGUCAU